GUCAGAGGUCACCCAGAGGAAGAGGAAAGAGGACCGCGAAGGGACAACAGAAGAGGGUGAAGUGCGCAUGCGAGUUAGCUGGCUUUUGGACAUUCCUAGGAAAAUGCCACCGAAGAAUAAGGGAAAGGCAAAAAAAGGGAAGAAGAAAGCAACUGAAGGAGACAACAUUGAAGAGAAAUACAAACAAACUGUACAUCAAGUGGAAUCACUAAAAAACCAGUUAGUUCUGCGGAGGGACAGUGCAAGACAGGCCUUGCUGGUCAAGGAGGAAUGGAAGGUGAAGCUACAGGUUCUCAAGAAUGACUUGAAAGAAGAGCAGGCCAUUAAGAAAUCGAUUCAUUCAGAUAUGACCCGUCAGUACAAGACAAUGCGGUCAGAACUGGACCUUCGAGUCCAUCAGCUGGAGAUUGAGGUCGGUCAUCUGCAGCAGCAGCUCACUUUGUGUCAGCAACAGCUAGUGAAGACACAGGAGGAGAAAGUGCAAAUCAUCAAGGAGAAAGAUUCCACCAUCAAAGAGCUCCAGAUGAAAAUUAACAACAUGGAAACUGAAUAUGAGGCCAUCCUCCAUAGUAGCCUGGACCUGCUGCUGAAUGAGCUGAAGAAGGCUAGGCUGCAGUGGGAGAAAGCAGCAACAAACUUACACGCAGAGCACAAGAAGAAACUGCUUGAAUUUGGGCUCAAUCCACUGGACAUUUAAUGCAUGGGUGGCAUGAGAGAGAUUAUCUGAGUGCCUUCAUCUCCAUUCAAACCUUUCCAAUUCCCAGUGCCUUCUGUUAGAUAAUUGACUGUAAAUCUAAAAGUUCCUGUUUUUUUUUGAGAUAAUAAAAAUACUAUUUUUAACC